UAGCAUUAGUAUGAGGCUGAAUUUAACAAAUUGCAGGCAUCAGAUCAGUGUAGUUCUUGGGCAAUGACAUUCCCUUUUUUACAUAGUGCUUUUAAGAAAUGUGUGUAUGAUUAAUGUUCUAAUGCUCAGUUGUUCUUCCCUAAGAUGGGUUCAGGGAUUCUCAGACAAGAUUGGCUUUGUCAACAAUCGCACAGUUUGCUAUCCCUGUGGCAACUACAUCAUCUUUGUGGACAUUGAAACAAAGAAGAAGACAGUUCUGGAGUGUGAGAUGGGCCAGGUGGGAGCCUUUGCAGUGAAUGGCAACAGUGAAGUGGUGGCCUUUUCAGACCGGAAGCUGAAUCCCUUCAUACACAUCUACAAUUUCCCAGAACUGAAUCAAGUGACAGAAUUAAAAGGUGAUGCUCAGUUGGACUACACCUUGCUUGCAUUUAGUUUCACGGGUCCAUAUCUAGCCAGUUACUCUUCAGUCCCAGAAUUUGUUCUUUCAGUGUGGAACUGGCAAGAAAAUAUCCUCCUGUGCAGCGAAUCACAGCCAGGGAUGACAGCAACAUCUUUAAGUUUCAACCCUAUGAAUUGGCAACAACUGUGUUUUGUUAAUGAGAGCUCUCUUACUAUAUGGGAUAUUGAAAGGAAUAAUGAAGAUCAUUAUCUUAAGCAGAAACCCGUGAAAAUCCCUGACGAGGAAGGGUCUGUGACUCCUCAUGAGGAUUUGUUUUCUCCAGGUUCUCAGAGUGAAAACCCUUAUUACGGCCCUGUGUUGCCAAUUUCAGCUCUUGCUGGACUGGUUGGAGAUGAAGCAGAAACAUUCAUGCCUAGAGAUGUCAUUAAAGCUUCAGUGCAUCCUACUGUGCAUUGCUGGACUGCAACCUCUGAGAUUUACAUGGGUUGUGAAGAAGGACAAAUUUUGGCAAUUAAUGCAGAGACCCUGAAUGUUUCUUUUCUUCAACAAGGCCCUUUACCUGCGCUUUCAGAUGGCAAGCUGAAGGAUCUGGAAAAACGAGUGGUACUAGCCAUGACAUUUUCUAAAGAUGGACUAUACACAGCUGGAAAUGAGGGAAUUGUAUUCCGUUAUGAAAUCAAAGGCCUCCAGUAUGAGAUGACAGUCUGCACUGAUAUUUUACAACCCAUAUCCAGCCUUAUAUUCUCUCCUGAUUAUACCAUACUUCUCAUUGUAACCACAGAGGGGACAAUUUAUACUUACAAACCUGGUCACAAAGAAGAAGCAGACAAACUCCUGGAUACAGGCAGCAGUUGUUUUCUGUCAGCUGAUUUUCUUACACCAGGGAACGAGUACUGUGUGUCAGUAGCAAUUUCAGGGGAAGUGCAAGUUUGGCUCCUGGAAGAUGGGACUUGUGUCAGCAAGUUAAGCCUCGAUACUGAGGAGAACAUAACUGAGAGCUUUACGGCAACUGCUAUGGCUUGCUGCCCUUCCUCAAAUAGCGUUGCUGUAGGGACCGAAAAGGGAGAAAUUUAUUUCAUCGAUAUUACUGAAGUUGAAACUCCACGGGUUGUUCACAGAAUUUUUCUUUCCAAAUUUCCAGUGCUAUCCUUGGAUUAUGAUCAGACUGGUCAAUUCCUCAUCUCCAGAGCUACACAAGGACAUAUAUUUAUUCUAGAUGCCCGACCUUCAACUUUAUUCCAGGUUCUUGGAUAUAUAGUGUUGGCAGAUGAAGUCCUUGGACUUUCUGUGGUUUCUGACUUCAGGCAUGACUUGGUUGAAGUGGUGGUACUCCUUAAAGUAGCAGAGGUUCAGCGAGCAAGACUGGAGAUUUUUUGUCUAUCUUCAGCUCUCACAACAGAUAAUGAAAAGUAUGUUAAUGAACAAGGAAUGCUUCAGCCUAGUGCCAUUAAAAUGGAGCAGUAUGAUCUGGAUUAUCCUUUGAGCUCAGCAGUCAAAUUGAAGGAUAAUGUUGUAUAUGGCUACUGUGGUAUUGCACCUUUCAUCUGUAAAUACCAUCUCUCUGAAGAGCAUAUGUUGAAAGACCUCUCAGUUUUUUUAUCAGAGAAGAGGACUCCUAGCAAACAGUUUGGACCAGGGUUCCUCUGUUUAUCACCCAACAGUCGGUGGCUUGCAUCAGCAGCAGAGGAUGGGAUUUUGUUCAUCUAUCAUACUUUUACUAUGGAUGUAAUUGCUCAAAAGCAUUGCCACUCAUAUCAAGGAGGGGGAAUCAGAUCUGUGGUAUUUUCACUGGAUGGCCGAUUCAUGCUUGUUAAUGGUGUAAAUGAUGGUGCCCUGGUGUGUCUGAAAUGGAAGAGGAUAAAGAAAAUUGAAAAAAAGGAAGCUGCUUUUCACUGGCGAUCUCUUCUUGCCAUAUUGAACCAGUCCACUUCCAAUGAAAAUGCUGUUUUAAAAUCUAUGCCAGAAUGGAAGUUUGAACCAGAAUCCACAUCAGAAUCAUUCCCAGAAGAGAAAUUUGAGGAGGCACCUGAAUCUUCCAAUGUAGAACUGACAGAAGAAGACAGAAGCAUUACCAAACUGAAUUCAGCCAUUACUAGUGAAAUGACUUGGAUAGAUCAAAAAAUGAAGAAGGUCAUGAGAGAAGAAACUCAGAAGUUUGCUAACCAGAAGAAAGAGCUGAAAAUAGGAAUUAAAAAGCUGCGUACAAAUAUCCAGAAAAUGAUGCACGAGAAUGAACAGAUGCCAGACAUUGAGAAACUGGAGCGGCAGGAGUUCAACUUGGAUAUAGAAGAGCAGAAUUUAGCCAACUGCUACUUGCAGGAUGUUAUCAAACGGGAGUGCUGGGAUUCCAUGUGUGUAAAAGGACGGGCAGUUAAGUGUUUUCAUAUAGCCUGUGAAGUGAAGAAUUAUCCUUUGAAGGAACGUAGCAAAGAAGAGCUAGAAACUUUGGAGAAAAUUCUCCAGUUAAAGAAGAUCGAGGCAGUUGAUCUUAAGAUUCGAAAGGAAAUUGUUGAGAUCAAGCCUGAGACAGAAUUACCUAAGGAGGAAGAAGAGAUGGAAGAAGAAGUAGUGGCUGAUAAUACCGCAUCUUACAGCUUGGUUGGAAGUCUGAGCUCUCAGUAUGGUGCAGACAUCUCUGUUUUAUACCACCAGUUGGACUUGCACAGCAGGGAGCAGAAAGUCAAUCAAAUAAUAUUAUUACAGGACAUCAUUUACAAAGUGAAAACUGCUUUUAAUAAGGAAUUUGACAUAGCUGUACAACAGAAGGAGCAUGAGAUAGCACGAGUGAAGGAAAGAAACCUGAGGAUCCGAGAAAUCUUGGCACAACUUGACCUCCAAGAGGAAGUCUGGGAACCAGCUCUUACAGAUGAUGAAGUACCAGAGCAUGCACUCACUGUUCAGGAUUCAGAGGUAUCUGAAAAACAAAUCCUUCUCUUUCACCCACACAAAGAUAGUUCUCUGAUUCUCCUCAUUUCAAGUCAUUGUGUGAGUCAUGAAAAAACAGUGUUCUUGAAGAUUACCAAAGACCAGAGAAAGAAAAAAAAAAGCAGUUUAUAUUACAUUGCUUUUCCAAACGUUCUCAGACCCUGUGUGAACAUGUUUGAAGAAAAGAAACCUGACAUGAGCCCCAUUUUCUCCCUUCAGAUUAAAGUUGAAAAGUACUUGACUCCGCAGGAGAGAGCAAAAGCAGAGAUGCUGGCUAAGCUUGAAAUGGAAAGACGACUUGCUGCGCUGGACAAUGAAAGGCUGCGUGCUCUUAAGGACAUGAUGGGUGGAGUGCUGGAAGUCAAAAAGGAAGACAUCCUGAAAAUUGAUAUUCCUCCACCUUCUUUUAUAUCCAAAUCUGAAUCUGUUUGGAAUGAAGAAGAAAAGAAAAUAUUCAGAGAAUAUGAGAAAAAAGUCCAGGAACUGAAUGAAGAAAGAGAAAAGCAUAAAAGAGCACUGGAAGCUGAAUUGAAGAAACUUCAAGCUUCCAUCCAGGAAACAACACAAAGUUUUGAUGAGACUAUGUGCAAACUCUUUGAAAGGAAAGUGAAUUCAGAGAUGGUCAUCUAUCAGGAAGAACUCAAAAUAAUCAAUAUCCUUUAUUCUUUGCUGUUGGAAGAAGAGUUGGACACCAGAGAAGCUGAACUUCAUCAUUUCCUUAAGAAGAAGCGGAAAGAGAAAGUAAAGUCUACAAAAACAAUCCAGUGUACAAACAGGAAAAUCGAUGCUUAUAUAGACACCUAUGAAAAUGCAAUUGCUGAAGAUAAGAUUUUGGAAUCUGAUUUUAGAAAGGAUUUUGCUGACAUUCCCGCAUACCUCCUUGAUAAACUUUUCAAACUUUACAGACGUCGACCAAGGAUCCAGAAGGUGAAAAUACUCCUUGACACGGCUAGCCCAUAUGGGGAUCAUUCAGGCUCUGCUGAAGAUUACCAAGAAGGACUUAAUCUUUUAAUGAAAGCCAUGGAUGAAUUGGAUAAACCCGAAUAUAUGCCUAAUGGCUUAGAUCCAUCUUUAUGGGAUCGCUUUUGUCUGGCUAGACGAAACAAAGUGGAGAGUGAGCAACUCGUGAAGUCGAAAGCCCUAACACUGGCGGAUAUGCAAGCCUUUCUCCAGAGGAGAAUAGAUGAAGAUGAGAAAUUGAAGUCAGAAAUAGGAGACAUUUUCCAAGAGCUUACAUGGCUGCGGGAAGAGAAGAUGAAGCUUCAGUUGAAUUUGACUGUCCAAUUUUUGCUAAAACAAGGACAGGUGGAAUUGGAAAGUACUGAGCUCCCCGAUUUCACUGAUGCCAUUCUUAUUAAUAAGAGUGUUAUUGAAGAACUGAAUUGCACUAUCAUGGCUGAAGGAGAAAAGAAAAUUGCUAGCAUGGUGGAAUGUAAAGACUUCUCUAAAGGGAUAUUUCAGCUGGAAUGGGAACACAAGAAAAUGAAAAUGCAGAUAGAAGAUCUGAAACAGAAGGCUCGGGAUAUUCUAACACUACGGGUUUCAAAAGAUCACCAGCUAUUCCUGACUGUGCCGAACUAUGACAGCCGCGUCAGCCACCAGGUUUCAAUGAUGGAGCAGACUCUCAGUGUCAGGGAUGAGCUGCACCAGAAGAAUGUGAAGAACUGUCAGAAAAUAAUUAAAGAGCUGGAAAAGGGCAUCAGCUUAAAGGAGCAAGCAAACUACAAGCUCAGCCUGGAGCUGCAAGAAAUGCUUGUAUCUGUCUCAGAAAGGGAGCACAUCUUCAAGGCAGCUGACACACAGCUUGUAUUUGAAGAGAUUGCACAGCAGCGUUACCAAGAUAUUUUGAGGCAGAAAAAGCUACGGGAUAAUGUGAAAAAACAGGAAGAACAGUUUAGAGUUCUUCAGGCAGAAACGGAAAGAUGGAAGUUAAGAACAUUACCUAUGAUUUGA